AUGGAGCUGUGGAUGCAGCUGAAGCAGGCUGGACUGGAGCCCCCUGGGUUGGGCCCACCACCCAAGGCCCUGUGGGUUUCUCCACUAGAGGAGAGCCCUAGCCAGACCCUCAUGUCACCAGGGGUAGACCCUGAAGGUGCCAGGGAGAGCCUACUAUGGAUCUGGGAGGAGCUGCGGAACCUGCGCAGAAUGGAUGUCCAGCUGCUGGGCCAGCUGUGCAGCCUGGGGCUGGAGAUGGGAGCCCUUCGGGAGGAGCUGACCACUGUCCUGGAAGAGGAGGAGGAAGAAGAAGAAAGUUGCCCUGAGGAAGAGGAUGAAGAGCCCCAGGCGAAGCAGGAGGAAGGACCCCUGGGAUCCUUCAGCCUAGGGCGCCCCCCUGACUUUGAGAUGACUAUCUGAGGCUUUUUAGUUUGAUACAAUCCAAAGAAAGGAUUGCAGGUCAAAUCACAUGCAGAUCGAAUCAGUAGCAGGCAAGUGCUUUCUCUGAAGCUGUCUGCAGCCACA